AUGUCUCUAAAGCGUUUGCUAAACCCUGACGACGGCACGAACGAAUAUGAAGGCCCUCGUCCGUUACAAGGCUGGGACGACUAUGGAGUUCCGACCGAAGCCAUACCGGUAUUGCAAGAGACUUCCUGGGAUAAUUGUGUCGCCGACAUCUUUCCUCUGGAUAGCCUGCCAGAUAUUCUCGGGCAAGAUCAAUUAGAUUGUUACAAUCAGCAAGAUGAUUUUAAUGUCGAUGCGAAAAGAUCCCUUCUCUUCGUGGAAGAGCAAGUUCAACGAUGGGCUGAAGACAAUGUCUCCUCUCAACCCACUUCGUCGCCUGCUUCCCAAGGUAGCGACGAGGAGAAAAUAUGCUACGGAUUGGUACGAAUUACAAGUCUAAUCAAGGCACUCUACUAA